UAUUUACAAAUCACAAAUUAAAACCCUGCUUAGAACCAUGAAAAAUCAAAUUAUACGCUGAUUGUUUGACGACAAGUCGUGUUCAAGAUGAGAUUAGACAUAUUUACAAUUUUAUCGAUAUUUGCUUGUGUGUUGGGAGACGAUUUCUACGAUAUUUUGGGCAUCGCCAGGGAUGCGGAUAACAAGGAAAUUAGGAGAGCUUUCAAAAAGCUUGCAUUAAAACUGCAUCCAGACAAAAACAAGGAUGAUGCAAAUGCACAUGAGAAAUUUAUGAAAAUCAAUCGAGCCUAUGAGGUGUUGAAAGAUGAAGAAUUGAGAAAGAAGUACGACUUAUAUGGCGAAGAUGGUCUGAAAGAUGAUCAUUUUGGUGGUGGACAAAACUAUCAAAGUUGGCAUUAUUUUAAUGAAGAAUUUGGAAUUUAUGAUGAAGACCCUGAGAUUAUCACCUUAGGAUAUUCUGACUUUGAAUCGUCUGUUACAAAUUCUGACGAUAUUUGGUUUAUCAAUUUCUACUCUCCAUACUGCUCGCAUUGCCAUGAUUUGGCACCAACGUGGCGUGAAGUGGCCAAAGAACUUGAAGGUGUUGUAAGGAUUGGUGCCGUCAACUGUCAGGAAGACUGGAGCCUAUGUAAUCAACAAGGAAUCCAAAGCUACCCAUCCCUAGUUUUUUACCCAGGGGGUGAAUUUUUCCGUGGAAAAAAGACGACAGAGAGGAUAGUGGAAUAUAUCCUAGACAACCUAGAUGUUGUUCUUGUGGAUUUGCAUUUUGUACAAUUCGAUGCUGAGACUAAUGCAAGUGAGCUCCCGUGGUUGAUAACGUUCUGUACUCCGGAUAGUGAGACAGAUUGCCUAUCUCGGGACACGCUAAUAAAGAUUUCAGCAGUUUUGAACAACAUGGUGAUUGUUGGCACCGUUGACUGCGUGGAAGAGGAGGGUCUCUGUGAGCAUUUAAAUCGACGUAGUGGAGUGGUCUUCUAUCCUCCUAAGGACGUUACACCUGACAAUGCUGAGGAUAUUAACGAAUAUCAUAGUCAAGAUAUCAUUGAAACUGUGCUUGGCUUGCUACCGAAUCUCAUCUCAAUGGACGAUAAAGCUUUUAAGACUAUAGGCGAAAGUCACAAACCCUGGUUGAUACACUUUGGCAAAGGGGAUCCCAAAGCUUUGGAAAUGAGAAAGCUACCGUCGUUGCUUUACGAAUUCCAGGUUGGUCACGUGGAUUGUGCCCAGUUUCCAACGCUGUGCGAGACCCACCAUGUUCACAAAUAUCCCUCAGUUGCACUCUUUAAACAGAACGGGGGGUACGAAUGGCAUCAUGGACGAUACACUGCCCAAGACAUCGCCGUUUUUGCCAGAGAAACAAUAUCGUCUAAAGUCUUUACCCUGGGUCCAGAAAGCUUUCCUAGUCCUGUCACCACAGGUGAAGAAACUUGGUUUGUUGAUUUCUUUGCACCGUGGUGUCCUCCGUGUAUGAGAUUGUUGCCAGAAUGGCGUAAAGCUUCCAAAGCAUACGACGACAAGAAGGAUGUGGUUAAAUUCGGGACUGUCGAUUGUACAGUUCACAAAAACCUGUGUCAAAAGUACAACAUCCGUUCGUAUCCUUCGACGGUAUUUUUCAACAACACAAUGCCCCACUCCUUCCGCGGACGACACUCGGUCGACAGUCUUUUAGAGUUUAUCGAGGACACACUUCGUCCGUCGUCGCAAAUCUUGACUCCCGAGUCGUUCGAUGCUUUGAUAGCUGGUAAAGCCAAAGGCGAUACGUGGCUUGUUGAUUUCCAUGCUCCCUGGUGUUCGCAUUGCCAGGAACUAGCUCCUGUUUGGAAUAAGCUCGCAAAGCAAUUAAAAGGCGAAGCAAGUGUGGGUACAAUUGAUUGCCAGGAAUUUAACAGUUUUUGUACACGACACGGAAUUCAGUCUUUUCCAACAAUCCGUUUGUAUCCUCAUUCGUCAGCGGGAAUAACAAGAUCCGUACAUUAUCAAGGAUGGCAUGAUCUCAGCUCAUUGCAUUCCUGGGCGUUCCGUUAUCUGCCUUCCAUCGUCACGGAACUCGACUCGAAUGAUUUUGACGAGAUCAUGCUGGUUUCUGAAUCCCCGUGGAUCGUAGACUUCUUUGCCCCUUGGUGCGGCCAUUGCGUUCAUUUUGCACCUUACUUUGAAAAACUCGCAAAAAGAUUGGAGGGCAAAGUUCAAUUUGGAAAGGUGAAUUGCGACGAACACCACCAUAUCUGUGUCGAGGCAGGAGUAAGGGCUUAUCCCACAAUCAUGUUUUACCGUGGAGCAAUAAAUGGACGUAGCCAGCCAAGCAGAGGUCAGCACACGUUCAGAUCUCAAGACAUCGACGACAUGUACGACACCACGAUAGGGCUGUUGGAAGAUUUGAAAGAAAUGAAACAAGAUAAACAAAAGAAGAAUAAAAGAAAGAGCAAAAAGAAAACUCCUGUUCACGACGAGUUCUGAUAGAAUGUUGUUGGAGGAAUUGCUCGGUUUCAAAGUUCAGUUAUGCUCAGGAACGGCGUUGUUGCUCCCCUAGUCCCAAAUUUCUAUGCUCACCGAGUUAGAAAAGGAAGAUGAUGAAAAGACUAACUUAUUGUGCGCUAUUUUUCAUUUGUUCAAAAUGUUUUAACUAUAUGGCUUUUGCUAAACUACGGGGUCAAUAAAGUUGAGUGUUUGCUUUCCGUAUUUACGCAUAGAUUUGAACAAAGUUAGAUAGUAACAGGAAGUGAAAGCUUGUAUUUCAUUUCUUGGACAGCUUUGACCUAGUUAAGAAUGUAUAGGAAAACUUAUGGACAAGUAAACGAAUAAAUACACACUUUUUGUCACAAAAGA